AUGGGCGUAACGACUACGACCAGUCAUCGAAAAGCAACUUCAAAACAGAAUACUACCACCUCCCCACAUUUGACUGAGCAGAAGUUGACCUACAAUGAUGGCGAAUCUGAUGAGUUUGAGUUUGGCGGUUCUUUUGGUGCAGCAUCGUUGAUGAUUGGUUUUCCUCUUCUCAUGUGGUACAUGUGGAUUGGUGCCACUUACUACGAUGGCCAGUUUCCUUGGCCUGAUACCGACCAGACCUGGGGAGACUUCACGAACCACCUAGCCCAUCUCGUCUAUGAGGGGGCCUUUCCCACAGCCAAGGCCUGGGCUGUCUACUGGAUAUUUUUCAUCUUUGAGGCACUCAUGUACUGCUAUAUGCCGGGUGUGAUGAGCCAGGGCCGACCUCUGCGCCACGAGGGCGGCAAGAAGCUCCCGUAUUACUGUUCUGCCUAUACCAGCUGGUACGCAACUCUCGUCAUCGCUGCCGCCCUGCACGUUACUGGCAUAUUUCCUCUUUACACACUCAUCGACGAGUUCGGAUCCAUCAUGACUGUGGCGAUUCUUUCCGGAUUUUUGAACAGCAUCAUCGUUUACGUCCAGGCCAUUGUUCGUGGUCGAACCCACCGACUUACGAACUAUCCUAUCUACGAUUUCUUUAUGGGUGCCGAGCUCAACCCUCGAAUUGGCAUUCUGGACUUCAAGAUGUUCUACGAAGUUCGAAUUCCGUGGUUCAUCUUGUUCCUCAUCACCGCCUCUGUAGCAGUACGCCAGUAUGAGAACUACGGUUACGUCUCGGCUGAGGUCAUCUUUCUGGUGGCGGCGCACUUCAUCUAUACCAACACCUGUGCCAAAGCCGAGCAGUUGAUAAUAACAUCCUGGGACAUGUACUUCGAGAAGCUAGGCUUUACUCUAACCUUCUGGAACAUGGCCGGUGUGCCGUUCACCUACUGCCACUGUGCGCUUUACUUUGCGAAUCAUGAUCCAUCGGAAUAUCGCUGGAGCCGACCCGCUCUCGCGGUCCUCUCCGUCGUUUACUUGUUCAUGUACUGGAUGUGGGACUCCUCGAACGGUCAAAAGAACUCGUUUCGUCAACAGGAACGAGGCCAGCUUAUCAAGCGCAAUGCGUUCCCGCACAUGCCCUGGACGGUCAUCGAGAACCCCCGCGCGCUGGAAACGAAUGCUGGAGACCGGAUCUUGUUGGACGGAUGGUUCGCCAUCGUGCGCAAGCCGAAUUACGUGCCUGACAUGUUCUUUUCGAUGUCUUGGGGACUUAUUACUGGGUUCAAGAGCCCCUUUCCUUGGUUUUAUUUCGCCUUUUUCAUGGUCAUGAUCAUCCAUCGUGCCCGGAGGGAUAUCGCAAGAUGUCGCAGGAAAUAUGGAGAUGCCUGGACCCAGUACGAGAAGGAGGUCCCUUAUCUGUUCAUUCCGUAUAUCAUCUAA